AUGCCGGUCCGUAGGGGCCACGUCGCGCCCCAAAACACUUACCUGGACACCAUCAUCCGCAAGUUCGAGGGCCAGAGUCGUAAGUUCCUGAUUGCCAAUGCUCAGAUGGAGAACUGCGCCAUCAUUUACUGCAACGAUGGCUUCUGUGAACUCUUCGGCUACUCCCGAGUGGAGGUGAUGCAGCGACCGUGCACCUGCGACUUCCUCACAGGCCCAAACACCCCGCGCAGUGCCAUGUCCCGCCUGGCGCAGGCCCUGCUGGGGGCCGAGGAGUGCAAGGUGGACAUCCUCUACUACCGCAAGGAUGCCUCCAGCUUCCGCUGCCUGGUGGAUGUGGUGCCCAUAAAGAAUGAGGACGGGGCUGUCAUCAUGUUCAUCCUCAACUUUGAGGACCUGGCCCAGCUCCUGGCCAAGAGAGGGAGCCGCAGCCUGUCCCAGCGCCUGCUGUCCCAGAGCUUCCUGGGCUCUGAGGGCUCUCAUGGCAGGCCGGGUGCACAGGGGCCUGGUGCGGGCAGGGUCAAGUACAGGACCGUCAGCCAGAUCCCGCAGUUCACGCUCAACUUUGUGGAGUUCAACCUGGAGAAGCACCGCUCGGGCUCCACCACGGAGAUUGAGAUCAUCGCACCCCACAAGGUGGUGGAGCGGACCCAGAAUGUCACCGAGAAGGUCACCCAGGUCCUGUCCCUUGGUGCAGACGUGCUGCCGGAGUACAAGCUGCAGGCGCCACGCAUCCACCGUGGGACCCUCCUGCACUACAGCCCCUUCAAGGCUGUGUGGGACUGGCUCAUCCUGCUGCUGGUCAUCUACACAGCCGUCUUCACACCCUACUCAGCUGCCUUUCUGCUCAGUGACCAGGACGAGUCUCAGCGUGGGGACUGCGGCUACACCUGCAGUCCACUCACUGUGGUGGAUCUCAUUGUGGACAUCAUGUUUGUUGUGGACAUUGUCAUCAACUUCCGCACCACCUAUGUCAACACCAAUGACGAAGUGGUCAGCCACCCCCGCCGCAUUGCCGUCCACUACUUCAAGGGCUGGUUCCUCAUUGACAUGGUGGCCGCCAUUCCCUUUGACCUGCUCAUCUUCCACACUGGCUCUGAUGAGACGACAACCCUGAUCGGGCUGCUGAAGACGGCACGGCUGCUGCGGCUGGUGCGGGUAGCCCGGAAGCUGGACCGCUACUCUGAGUAUGGGGCAGCUGUGCUCUUCCUGCUCAUGUGCACCUUUGCACUCAUCGCGCACUGGCUGGCCUGCAUCUGGUACGCCAUCGGCAACGUGGAGCGGCCCUACCUGGAGCCCAAGAUCGGCUGGCUGGACAGCCUGGGUGUGCAGCUUGGCAAGCGCUACAACGGCAGCGACCCAGCCUCAGGCCCCUCAGUGCAGGACAAGUAUGUCACGGCCCUCUACUUCACCUUCAGCAGCCUCACCAGCGUGGGCUUCGGCAAUGUCUCACCCAACACCAACUCUGAGAAGGUCUUCUCUAUCUGCGUCAUGCUCAUCGGCUCCCUCAUGUACGCCAGCAUCUUCGGCAACGUGUCCGCCAUCAUCCAGCGCCUGUACUCCGGCACCGCGCGCUACCACACGCAGAUGCUGCGUGUCAAGGAAUUCAUCCGAUUCCACCAGAUCCCAAACCCGCUGCGACAGCGCCUCGAAGAGUACUUCCAGCACGCCUGGUCCUACACUAAUGGCAUCGACAUGAACGCGGUGCUGAAGGGCUUCCCCGAGUGCCUGCAGGCCGAUAUCUGCCUGCACCUGCACCGCGCGUUGCUGCAGCACUGCCCGGCAUUCCGCGGCGCCAGCAAGGGCUGCCUGCGCGCGCUCGCCGUCAAGUUCAAGACGACGCACGCUCCUCCAGGGGACACGCUGGUACACCUCGGCGACGUGCUCUCCACGCUCUACUUCAUCUCCCGGGGCUCCAUCGAGAUCUUGCGCGACGACAUGGUCGUGGCUAUCCUAGGAAAGAACGACAUCUUUGGGGAGCCUGUUAGCCUCCAUGCCCGGCCAGGAAAGUCCAGUGCAGACGUGCGGGCCCUGACUUACUGCGACCUGCACAAGAUCCAGCGGGCAGACCUGCUGGAGGUGCUGGACAUGUACCCCACCUUCGCAGACAGCUUCUGGAGUAAGCUGGAAGUCACCUUCAACCUGCGGGACGCAGAUGGGGGUCUCCAGUCAUCACCCCAACAGGCUCCAGUCAGCCAGGACCACCGAGGCUUCUUCCUCAGUGAUGAGCAGACAGCCAGCCCCCCCAGGCUGGGUCCCCAGUCCCCAUCUCAGGGCUACAGCCUUCUGGGUCCUGGAAGCCAGACCACACUGGGGGCAGGACCUCGUACUCCAGGUCACCCAGGCGCAGCCCCGUCCAUGAGCAUCUCAGAUGCAUCUGGCCUCUGGCCUGAGUUGUUGCAGCAAGUGCCCCCAAGGCCAAGGCACAGCCCCCCAAACCCUCAGGGAGACCCAGACUGCUGGCCUCGGGAGCUAGGCUCCAGGCUAGAGCAGCUGCAGGCCCAGAUGAACAGGCUGGAGUCCCGCAUGUCCUCAGACCUCAGCCGCAUCCUUCAGCUCCUUCAGCAGCCACUGCCCCAAGGCCACACUGGCUACAUUCUGGGAGCCCCUGCCUCCAAUGACCUGGCCUUGUUUCCUGCGGCCUCAGUGACUCAGAGUCCAGAAACUAGGCUGUCCCAGGGCAGUCUGUCCCCUGCACAGACCCAAAGCUCUGGUGACUUGGGCAAAUGUGGGCCGAAGCACAGGAACUCCUCCUCCAGGUUGCCUCACCUCAUCACGGCAAUGGACAAAACGCUGACACUGUCCUCAGAACAGGAGCAGCCUGAGGAGUUCCUGCCACCCCUGGCCUCUCCUCUCUGUCCCCUGGAGGUACAGGGACUCGUCUAUGGUGCCCGCUUCCCCUCCCUCCCUGAACAUCUCAGCUCUGUCCCCAAGCAGCUGGAGUUCCAGAGACAUGGCUCAGAUCCUGGAUUUGCAGGGAGUUAG